AUGGGAGGCAUACUGAAAAAGGUCCUUCUCUAUGGGCUCCUGGGGGCUGCUGUCUUCACCGUGGGCAUGCUGCUGGGGCACUUUGCCAUCCAGAAGGGCGGGGAGUCCACCCCGGAGUGGCUGAGGGAUGUGUCCCGGGACGUGGAUGAGCCCCUCAUCGAGCGCUUCAUCACGGAGGUGGACAAUGCUCAGAUACGGGAGAACCUCAGGGAGCUGACCAGCACCCCCCACAUGGCCACCACGGAGGGGGACGAGAGGACGGUGCAGUAUAUGCUGAAGCGGUGGCAGGACCCCGACACCGGCCUGGACGAUGCAUGGAGGGAGGAGUACAAGGUGUACCUGUCCUUUCCCAACAAGACCACACCUAACAAGGUGACCGUGGUGUCCCCCACCUCCGAGGUUCUCUUCACGGCGAGAGAAAAGGAGAAAGUUUAUGAACCUGACCAGAGCCACCCAGACGUGGUCCAGCCUUAUGCAGCGUAUGCUCCUGCUGGACACCCGAAGGGGAAGCUUGUGUAUGCCAACCAGGGCAAGGUCAGCGAUUAUGAGUUCCUGAAUUCUACCAUGAACCUGGCAGGCACAAUUGCCAUUGUAAGAUAUGGAGGAGCAGGAAGAGCGGCAAAGGCGAUCAACGCUGCCCCAUUUGGAGUGAUUGGGGUGCUGGUGUACACGGAUCCCAUGGACAUAAAUGAUGGCAGGAUGUCUGACGUAAAUGAGACCUACCCCCACUCCUGGUACAUGCCACCAUCAGGGGUUGAGAGGGGAUCAUUCAACACCCAUUUUGGGGACUUGCGGACACCUUACCUCGCUGCAAAAGAGCACACUUACCGGAUUCCAGAAGCUGACAUCACAGGGCUCCCGCCCAUACCAACGCAGCCAAUCGGGUUUGAGGAUGCCUACACUUUGAUCUGUGAACUGGAUGGACCGGCAGCCCCGAGCGACUGGCAUGGGGCAUUCAACUGUACAUACAAUGUGGGAGGACCAGGAUUCAGAGCCACAUCCAGAUUCAAUAACAGUGAUGUGAACCUGGACAUUUACAACAAGGGCGAGCUGAGGAAUUCGUCCAAUGUGAUGGGCAUUAUUCGAGGCAGUGUGGAGCCAGACAGAUACAUCAUCUACGGAAACCACAGGGACAGCUGGGUGAACGGUGCCAUUGACCCUAGCAGCGGCACGUCAGUCAUGCUGGAGAUCACCAGGGUGCUGGGCAAGAUGGUGAAGGAAGGGAAAUGGAGGCCCCGUAGAUCCAUUAUCUUCGGCAGCUGGGGGGCAGAGGAGUUUGGACUGAUAGGGUCCGCUGAAUACACAGAGGAAUAUUACAGCAAACUGAGGGAUCGCACAGUGGCCUACAUAAAUGUUGACAUCUCAGUGUUUGCCAAUGCCACCCUGAGGGUCCAGGGGUCCCCAGCUGCCCAGAGUGUGGUCUUCACUGCCACCAAGCAGGUGAAGACACCUGGAUCCAACCCCACGUCUGUUUAUGACAACUGGAUUCGCUAUUUCAACCGGACCAGCCCCACCCACGGAGUGGUUCCCAAUGUGGCGUUUCUGACUGGGGCAGGAAGUGACUACGCCGCCUUUAUCCACUUCCUGGGCAUCACCUCCAUGGAUAUCGCUUACACGUAUGACAGGAGUAAAACCAAAGCUCGGAUCUACCCUGCAUACCACACUGCCUACGACACCUUCAACUACAGUGCCCAGUAUAUAGACCCAGGGUUCACCAGCCACCAGACUGUGGCAAGGACUGCAGGGAAUGUGUUGCUGCGAUUGGCUGACAGCCUCCUUGUGCCCUUCAGCAGCACUGACUAUGCCGAGAGCCUAGAGCAGUACCUCAGCACCGCCCUGCAGAACUUCAACGACAGGCUGGCACAGAAGGGCAUCUCCAUGGAGCCAUUAAAGAACGCUGUCACAAAGUUCCGCACGGCAGCCACCAGCCUAGAAAAGCUAAUCCAGGAGUCUGACCUUGCCAAUGAGACGCCCCUGAAGGUCCGCAGGAUCAAUGACCAACUCAUGCUGCUAGAACGGGCUUUCCUGGACCCCUUGGCGUUCCCUGACAAAUUUGGAUUCAGGCAUGUGAUCUGGGCCUCCAAGUCAUCCUCGGUGGCCACCUUCCCGGGACUUGCCGACGCCUUUGCCCAUGCCCAGGAGACCGACCUGCGGCAAGACUGGGACCAGGUGCACAAACACCUGUCCAUUGUGACGCAGGCCAUCGAGGGCGCUGCCCACACCCUGGAGGAGGUCAUCUAG